GAUGACGUACGUGUUGCCUUAGAAACCAACCAAUGUUACGCUCCUUAAAAAAGCGCAAAAACGGAAUCGUCUUCCAGUAGAAAUGAAUGAACAAAGUUUUAGAAACUAAUGGAAACGUUACGCACGAAGUGCAAGUGGUAGUUGGUGGGUUUUUUGAUGUUUCCACUUUUUGUUGUUACUGUAGCUUGUAAAAACAUUCAGCCAUCCGUCGCGGGCUAGCUAAGAUAAGCUAAGCUAGCCAACAACAAUGGAGUGGUCCGAGGUAAACAAAGACGACGUUACCUCAAACCUUCAAAGUCUGGUGGCUGAAAACUCAGAACGGAGCUUUACGAAGGUUCUGGCAGCGUUGAGCGAUCUACUAGAAAGAAAGUGUGUGGCAGACCAACGCGAACUAGAGCGAUGUAAACAAGAACUUUAUCACAGCGGUGUGCUGGCGUACUGCUCCGCCGCGCUGAAGCUCAGCCCCGCUCACAUAGAGGGAGGUCACGCCUCCGUUACACGGAUGGCAGACAUUCUCAGCGCAUGUUGUGUGGGGAUCGGUCCCGUGAGCGACACGGAAGGGUUCCGUCACCAGUUUCUGCCGUCCGUAACAGAACACCUCCUGUAUCUGGCGCAUCGCCUCGUGAGCAGAGCAAUAGGGGAAAGAAAAAUUCAGAUGAUUCGUCUCUUUAGAAAAGUGUUUGAUUCUCUUAUGUGGAUUCUGAGGGCCUACAGUCAUUUAAUUCCCUGUGUCCUCCAAUCCAAACAUUAUGAGAGCGUGCAGAUGACUGAGGAUGACGAGGUCUCUGCUGUUACACUAAUGAUGUGGUACAAUCUGUUCAGGGCAAACAGCACUUUGGUAUCUGAGAUGGGGAACAAUCCUUUGACCAGUGUCACAGAUGAAGUGGUGUAUAAAAUGUCCAGCAGUUCCAACCCUGUGAUUGGUGGCACUGCCGUCAAAGUUUUGCUGCUCAUCAUAGAGCAGCACCGGCCGUGUAUCCGGCUUCUUCACAAACACUAUAAAGGGCUGCAGGAGUUGGUAUGGAAGGACUGGCGUGGGAAGGGCUUUGAUUCCGCACUGGAGCUGCUCGUCAAUCAACUUCAGCCAGAAUCUCCUGAAAAAGUCUCCAAGCACUUUUCUGAGGAGAGAGCUCAUGCCGCAUGUGUGAUCCAGGCAGCCUGGAGAGCACAUCAGACCAGAUGCAGGAUUAAGAAACUCCCCAGAGCUGUGAGUGCAUUACAGCGGAGUUUCAGGGCAAAGCGGCAGCGGCAGCAGGAGGAUGCAGAAAGGCGUCGUGCAGAGGAAGAACUCCGGCUUCAAGUGCAGCUGCGCAGGCAGAGGGCCAUUCGGCAGUUGCGCCAGCGUCAACUCCAUUUGAUGGAGAUUCUGCCUGCAGACCAGGUGGCUCGUUACCUGGGUGAGAUGGAGAACAGAGCAGCUCUGUUGAUCCAGAGAGUGUGGCGAGGGCACAGGGAGAGGCGGCGUUUCCAGCAGUGCCGAUACCAGCUCCGACAGCACAAAGCCGCCGUCACCCUGCAGAGAGCCAUUCUGAGCUUCCUACAGCGCCGGAGAUCUCGGAGGACGGUCCUGGCUCCGUGGAAAGGCCCUAGAGGCCUGACUGACGGCAGGAGGACAGAGCUGAGGAGACAGAUCGAAGACCACGUCUGCCUUUAUCCCUCCUCUGUGGUGUCACCAGAGGGAACCCUAGAGCUCCAUGAGAAAGCCCAGAGCAUGCUGCAGCAGCACCUGGCAACAAGAGCCUCUGAUCGGGCUCAGGAGCAGCACAGACAGGCACUCCUUGCCCAGAUCAACACAGACCUGGAGCUCCUGCUCAACGCUCCCUCUCUGAAAUGCGUCGGCAGGGAGGACUCUUUUCCCUUCCUAAGCCGCUCUGCCCCAGUGGCCAUGCGGGCUAGGCAGUCCCACAAUGCCUUGCUCCAGAACAUGCGUCUGCCCUGGUGGAAAACUCUGGGAGGUGAAUUUUCCGAUCCAGCGUCCCUUUCUCAGAAGGACUAUAAUUUAGAUUGUGACUCUUUGUAUCUGGGUGACAGCUGAUCACUGUGUAUUGAGAGCUAAUGGACUAAGUUUACAAAGCCAUUUGUAUUUUUGCCUUGAUUCUGAGUAUCUGCAGAAUACAGAUUAGUGCAGACGAGAUGAGCUCUAUUUUAUGUCUACUGUAAAAUGGUGUCUGUUAUAUCGGUUAAGAAAUCCAUGUAAAAUUCUUGAAAAUUGUCAGUUCUUUGGACAAUAUUUCUAUUUAAAAAAUAAAUAAAUACAAAAAGUUAAAGUAGGAUGA